GUGAUUUCCUCACGCUUCCUGACAUUUGAACCAGAGCGGCGCUGCAGUGGGUUGUGUCAGAGUUGAGACAGAGAGUCUUCGCGUUAUUUUGACAUUAAGUUGACGUUAGUGGAUCGGACUGCUUCAUUCAACAUAAAAUGAGUAUCAAAACAAUUUAAUUGAAAUAUUUUCGCGGACAUAAACCUCCACCGGAAGUGCCAGUUUGAGACAGGCUGCAGGUACGAAGAGUCUGAGAAGACACCUGUAAAGAUAUGUGUCAAAAAGCCUGAGUGGGUAAUUCUCAAAAAAAAAAAAAAAAAAAAAAAAAAAAAUCCCUCUUUCCUCCAGUGGGAACGAAAGAUAAAUCUUCUAGCAUGGCCAAUGAGGCGACAGUGAAAACCUCAUGUAUUCAAGAAAGUCAGGAAGCUGAUGAAUGCCGUGAAAAUAUUCCACCAGCAGUCACUGCUGCGGCUGGCAUGUCAAAGUUCAAGGUCCAAGAAGGAGAUGUAGGAUUUUCCUUUACACAGCCAUGUGGAGAAAAUGAGCCUCUCUCUGACGCCUGUACCUUUUCAACUCCAGCACCAACGAGCAGCACUGGUCAAGGCAAGGUAAAGUCACGGCUCUCUGGUCUCCAGUCUGCUUUAACGCCAAUUUUAAAAUACUUAAAUAUUGGCAACAAAUGCCCAUCUCCAGAGCCUUUAAAACAUGGAAACAAUCCUCAUCUGAAGAGCCAACAUCCCAGCUCAGAUUUCUCCACUUGUCAUACUGGUCCAUCAUCAGGUGACACAAAAGCUCCUGUGUGCUGGCUGAAUGACGAAUACCUGCCUGAAAUUACUCUCCUUGAUAUUACGGGUGACUCUAUGAUGCAAGUGACCAAAAACGAUUCAGCUCUUUCGGACAGCGUCCCCACUACACCUGUAACAGCUGCAUCUGUGAAGACCACAUUUAUCCGUCAGAACAAGACAAUGGAUCAGUCUAAAGUUAGUAGUCCUAAGGUGGAGAGUGACCCCAUAGAUCAGGCUAGUUCAGGCUCUAAGAACACCACUGAAACCUCCCUUGUUAGGAAUCAGAAUAGUUCAAAAACUAAACCACCUUUCAAACAGAAUGACAAAAUAACUGUGACAGAAACAUGCUUAACUGACCGGACUACUACGGACAAGCCCUCUCCUCCUAAGGUCUGUAAUGCUAAUGAAGUUCGCCUUCAUGAACUGUUGAAACAAAAUGCGACCUCAUCUAGUGAAGACCCUAAUGACAAGAUUGCUGACAUCCCUGAGAGCAUAGAUGCUCCUCUGCGCUGGUUGGAUGACAGAUACUUCCCUGAAAUUACUCUUCUUGAAGUUACACGUGAUUCAGAGUUUUCACCAGGAAUGGAAGUAUCCUCCAUGAACGUCACACAGGAUACUUCACCACUGCAAAACGACAUGACUCCUUCAGAGCUUAGUGAAAAAGUGGCGGCAGAGCCUGGCACUCUGGACAUGAUUCAAAGUCAAGAUUUGUCCAGUACUCUUGAAGGAAAUGUCACGCACACCAUAAGCUCCUUUAGCGAACAGUCUGAUAAGUGUGUGGGUGAAAACACCCAGAAAGCUUCCUUGGAAGGAACUCGGGAUAUUUCUAUGAGCAGUGGUUUGGAAGACAGUGAGCCAUCGCUGGAGCCCAGUGGACAAAACAUGGCGAAGAUUCAAACAUCAGCUGAGGACACAGAUACCCACCCUGCUAAUGUUACCCGCGACAUAAGCUCUUCAAGUGACAUGUCUGUUCAGUGUGCUGCAUCACAGCUCUCUGCUUCAGACGUGGAGUGCAACACCACAUCAGAGAACAUCACCUCUGAGCUGCAGGGUGAACCUGCAGUGACUUCUAACACCGUGGAAGGCAACAAUGACGAGCUACUUAGCAGCCAAGACGCUGAGUUGAGCAGCAAGGUGCAACAACUAAGCCCCAAACCAACUGGAUCUGUGAAUAACACAUUGACCGUUGCCAUGCAGUCCAAUAUGAGUGUUUCUACCAGUGUAAACACUGCUGCUCAAAUACCGUGCCCUCAGAAUAAGACACUGGAUCUUCCCCCAUCUAAUGUAAACAGUCCCAAGGCGGAGAGUGACACUAAAGAUCUGGCAAUUUCAGUAUCCAAAAACACCUCUGGCCCGGCCCCCGUUGUUGAUCCAAACUGCUCACCUGCAAAUGCAAAUGGUUCAUGUAAUGUGCAGAAUGUCACUUUUGACAGGAAUUCUCUUCAUAAAUCCAGCGGCAGCAGUAUUUUAGGAGAAGCUGUUGCUGGAACCUUUUGCCUUCAGAACACUUUCGAUACUAAAUCUCCUGUUAAGCAGAAUGGCACAAUUACGGUGUCGGAAACAAGUUCAAGUGACGGUCACCUGAACACUUUGGACAAGCUCUCUCCUCCGAAGGCCUGUAAUCUGACGAGUAGCCCUAAGGACAACAAUUCUGAGGUCAACCCUCCCGAAAUCUCAAAACAUAAUGAGGCUACAGCAAGUACAGAUCCUGAUGCCAAGACGGUUGACACCCCAGAGGGCACGUUUGAAGCUAAUCCAGCCGUGGAAGUAGCUUCUGGAGCUGGUCGAGGCGAGACUAAGGACCAUUCGCAGUUAGGUCUGUCUAUGAGAGAUGGUCUUUCUGACUCUUUGGGCCAUCAGAGCAUGGACCUGGAGGAUAACAAAGUAAACACAUUCAAUUUGGAUGAUACCCUGGAUUUAAAGGCAGACGCUUUAAUAACUUCAACACCCAUGACUAACUGCAAAAUCUUCAACUUCCACACUGAACGACAAGAGGGCAGAAUCAUAGGGGCACAGAAAAAACUGUAUGGCGACGGUCCACGUAAGCCAGAUGGUGGUCAGGCGCCAUCAGACGUUCCACCAAACAUCGUCUGUGACCGAAAAACGUUCUUGACGCAGACUGCGCCUAAAUACCUUUUGCCUCCUGUGAAAGCUGCAUCCCAUUUGUUGAAAUACAAGCCAGCCUCCUUACUUCCAGGAAGGUUUGACCCGGUGACAUCAGGCCUGCCCAUGACGAGACAAAGAACCCAAGCCGAAGCUUUGAGAAACACUGCUGCUUCUGAUGCCCCCCGAGUGACCACAGGAAUAUCAGCCCCCUACAACUUGCGUGCAUCAACAACAGGAUCCAAGCAACCCAAUCUCGGCUUGCGGAAACCACAGUUGAGUGGCAUACCAUCAGGCAUCCAGAGAGCUGCUCCAGGUCUGAAGCCGCCAUCAGCAAGAAUCAACGCACAACUUUCUUCAAGCACUGAGAAACUCUGUGGACCUCCAGCUACUAACACCACGACGAAGAUUUCACAGGCAAAGAAGCAUGCCUUAACCAGAGGUGAAGCUCUACCAAUAGCUAAGAGGAAGAAAAUAGAUGCUCCCUUACCCUGCGGUGGUGCUGCAGCUUCAACAUCUUCCUGUGAUGCUGCACACAAAACCAAAAACCUGAAACCACCCACAACCAGUCAGAGAUCUUUGCCAGCUAAAAUCCAAAGAGAUGACACUGCCGUGAGAGCCAGUACUGCUGAACCAUCGACAUGUAAUGCUGUUAGCAGAGCCAAAGCCCUGAAGCAGCCUGUAACCAGCCAUAGAGCUGCACUACCUAAACCCCAAAGCCAUGGUUGUGCCAAAUGUGCCGUGCUUGAACAGCAACUCAAACUGAAAUCGGAAGAAAUAAAGAGACUGAAAGAAGAACUGCUGAAGUACAGGAAACCAGAGGAAGAGUGCUGAUGUUGAUUCUUUAUUCUCAGUGUGAAUAUUUGUUUUAAUACUGAAGUUACAGUUUCAAACUGUAAAUAACAUUUAAUUAAUAAAUCUAUUUUAACAAUAAAUAUUCUAACAUUUAACACAGUUUUACUCUUUAAGUCAGUUGUUUCACCUGUCUUAUUGUGUGUUAUGAAGCUUUUCAGUGUUGAGUUCUGGCUUUGGUUGACCAGUUAUAUUACUGUGAUCUGGUCUGUAAUCACACGUACUUUUAAGGUGCUUUUGAUAGUAACCUAUAAGAACAUUAAAAGGACAUGAUGAGGCUUUGUAAUAAGGCUGAAAUUCCCGCCACUGUAAAUACUGAAGUAUAAUAAUGAUGAUGAAAUGAAGAUGCUGUAUGUGUGUAUAAUUUGCUUCUUCCUCUGAAAGGCUUAACAAUAUACUUAUAUUUGAAAGGUUUAAAAUAAAUAUACUAUGAAUUAUCUGAA